AGUAAAACACAAAGUCGCUUCACAGACGCCCCACUCCCACAUCUCCACCCUCCAGCAGCAUUUCUGCCCCUCUGUCUGUCUCUGCUGUGUGAUUCAUCCUGAAGACUAGCCACCAUGGUUUGCCACAAGGAGUUUCAAGACGCAGGGAAAAAGCCGGGGCUGCAGGUGUGGCGUAUCGAGAACAUGGACCUCAAGCCUGUUCCCAAGGCCCUGUAUGGCAGCUUCUACACUGGGGAUGCCUAUCUGUUGCUCUUCACCACCUCAGCACCGUCCUACAACAUACACAUGUGGCUGGGCAACGAGUGCUCGCAGGAUGAGAGCGGAGCAGUGGCCAUCUUUUCCACACAGCUGGACGACUUCCUGGGCGGUGGGCCUGUCCAGUACAGGGAGGUGCAGAACUACGAAUCCAACACCUUCCUGGGAUACUUUAAGUCAGGCAUCAAGUACCAGAAAGGUGGUGUGGCGUCAGGUUUCAAGCACGUGGUGACCAAUGAUAUGAGCGUGAAGCGCCUGCUUCACGUAAAGGGUCGCAGAGCCAUUAGAGCAACCGAGGUGGACAUGUCCUGGUCCAGCUUCAAUAAGGGAGACUGCUUCAUCAUUGACCUAGGAAAGGAUGUGUAUCAGUGGUGUGGCAGUGAGUGUAACCGUUUUGAGCGGCUCAAGGCCUCCCAGGUGGCCAUUGACAUCAGAGAUAAUGAGAGAAAUGGCCGAGCCAAGGUGCACAUGGUGGAGGAGGGGGGCGAGCCUUCCGACAUCCUAGAGGCUCUUGGACCCAAACCCGCCAUUGCUCCCAGCACUCCGGAUGAUGACCAGGUGGACUCCUCCAACAGGAAGAAGGGGUCCCUCUACAUGAUCUCAGAUGCUUCCGGUUCCAUGAAGGUGACGGCUGUGGCUCAGUCCAGUCCUUUCAAACAGGCAAUGUUGUCCCCAGAGGAGUGCUACAUCCUGGACAAUGGGGUGGACAGGAACAUCUUUGUUUGGAAAGGUCCCAAGGCAAAUGUUUCUGAACGUAAAGCAGCCAUGUCUGCAGGGCAGCAGUUCAUCAAAGACAAGGGGUACAGCAAUAAGACCCAGAUCCAGGUCCUUCCUGCAGGAGCGGAAACCACCUUGUUCAAGCAGUUCUUUAGCGACUGGAGGGACAAGGAUGAGACGACAGGGCCCGGUAAGGCCUACACCAUCGGCCGUAUCGCCAAAGUGGAGCAGGUCCCCUUCGAUGCCUCCUCUCUGCACUCAAACACAACCAUGGCUGCCCAGCAUGGCAUGGUCGAUGACGGCAAAGGCAAGGUCCAGAUCUGGCGUGUCGAGGGCGGGGAUAGGGUCCUGGUGGAUCCGUCGACCCACGGUCACUUCUACGGUGGAGACUGUUACCUCAUCCUCUACAGCUACAGACAGGGAUGCAGGGAGCAACAUAUCAUCUACACCUGGCAGGGGUUGAAGUGCACGCAGGACGAGCUGGCAGCUUCAGCGUUCCUCACUGUGAAGCUGGAUGACUCAAUGGGAGGAUCCCCGGUUCAGGUGAGAGUGACUCAGAGUCAGGAGCCUCCCCACCUGAUGAGCAUCUUCCAGGGUAAACCCAUGAUCAUCCACAGCGGAGGAACGUCUCGUAAAAGCGGACAGUCACAGCCUAGCAGCACCCGUCUCUUCCACAUCCGCCAGAGCUCUUCCGGCGCCACGCGUGCCGUGGAGGUUGAGCCCUCGGCGUCCAACCUGAACACCAAUGACGUGUUUGUGCUGAAAUCCCCAAAAGGCCUGUUUGUGUGGCGAGGCGUGGGAGCCAGCGAGGAGGAGAUGAACGCAGCCAAGCAUGUUGUGGGCUUUUUGGGGGGCAGUCCCAACAACGUGUCAGAGGGCAAGGAGCCAGCUGAUUUCUGGUCUGCUCUGGGCGGCAAAAAAGAGUACCAGACCUCAAAGAGCCUGCAGAGCACAGCCAGACCCCCUCGUCUGUUCGGUUGUUCCAACAAAACCGGGAGACUCGUUGUGGAAGAGGUACCAGGAGACUUCACGCAGUCAGACCUGGCCACUGAUGACGUCAUGAUCCUGGAUGCCUGGGAUCAGCUCUUCCUUUGGGUUGGCAAUGAGGCUAAUGCGGAGGAAAGAAACGGAGCUCCCAAAAUAGCCAAAGAAUACGUGGACUCAGAUCCAUCUGGUCGCAGAGGACUGCCCAUCACCACCAUCAAACAGGGGGCAGAACCUCCUACUUUCACUGGCUGGUUCCAAGCUUGGGAUCCCAAGAUGUGGGACAAGGAUCCGCUGGACAGAAUCCGGGCCCGUUUCUGAACACAAAGCCUCCAGCCUUAUCUUUUGCACUCUGGCUCUUUACCUAUCAGCGCUUCAUGUUGCAGUUUAAUUCCUGCUUAAUUCAAAUACCUAAGUGCCAAUCGCAAUGUUACUACAGUUAUCAGGUUGAAUGGUGUCGCCAUGGUUCCUUCAUCUUUCAAUAAUACCUACAAAGAACCUCAGGUAACUAGAAAAGCAAAAAGCAAAGAAAAAAAACAGCAAGUUUGCCACGUUUCUAUCUCAUAGCCCUGCAUAUGUCAAUCGAUAAACUAGUACAGUUAAAGCCAACUCCAUCACCCCUCGUUUGUGUCCCGUUUAGUACAAGAAGGAUGUACAGAACAUAUUCCAGAAGUUACAUCCUACACUUUCUUGUUAAAUUUCCUGGUUGUGAAUUUGUGGACGUGUAACAUUAGUAAAUGGUAACUCUGUCUAUUCCCUUUUAAACAACCCUGAUAUGUUCUUGUGAAUUGCUUUUAAAUAAAACUUUGUAGUUUCAACCUU